AUGGAAGAGGAUUCUUCACUGGAGCCCACUCUGCAAUCUGACAUCUCGCUCUUAACUGCUCUACUCGCGCAAGAUCAGUCCGACGAGAACGACCCUGAUAUUGCGGAGCUCUUGCGCAGGCUUGAGACUGCGGAUGGCGUGGCAAAAGGCGUCGAGAGUCGCUUGGAUGCGAUUAUAGGAGACUUGGACAGCAUCUUGGGCACGCUGGAGCCGAACGAGCAGAUCGUCGUCUCCGAAGAAGUGCGCAUCUCACGGGAGGGCGACACCGUCACUGAGGAAGCGUCCAGGGUAGUAGUCAGGGAAAAGUUGGAACCCGAGGUUGGAGCGGACGCUAGAGAGAAAUAA